CAUCUGUAUGGACAUUAUUAGCAACAAACAGGUGCUACCCAAGUGCAAGCACGAAUUCUGUGGGCCUUGUAUCAACAGAGCCAUGUCAUUUAAGCCAGAGUGUCCCGUGUGCCAGACUCCCUACAGUAUCCAGAGAGGAAAUCAGCCGGAAGGAACCAUGGAUGUCACUGUCAUGAGAGAGUCACUUCCAGGUUAUGAAUCCUGUGGCUCCAUUGUGAUUGAUUACAUUAUGGAAGGAGGAGUACAAACAAAAGAGCACCCAAACCCAGGAAAGAGAUAUUUUGGAGGCCAUCGAACUGCAUACCUGCCUGAUAACAAGGAAGGAAGGGAGGUUUUGAGACUGCUUCGUAGGGCCUUCGACCAAAAGAUGAUUUUCACAGUGGGAGAGUCUCGAGUAUCAGGAGCCUCAGGUGUCAUAAAGUGGAAGGACAUCCAUCACAAAAUGUCCCCGUUUGGGGGACCAGAAAAGUGAGAACCUUUUAAAACAUAACGGUUGCUAAACUGAACUUAGAGGUCAUAAAAUAUGGCAAUAUUGAGGAUGUGGCUAUAAGCAGACUGUGGAUAGCUGUGGGACUGGAUAUAGGAAAGUAAUUUGAGAGAUGCUGAUCUCAAAGGCAGAAGGAUUGGUUCCCAUCACCUGCUACCCUCCCAACCACAAAGGAUCAUACAAAUAUGAAAUUUUGCAUCCAAGGGCAGGGAUCUUCAGAAUCCAAGAUGAAUGGCAUCUAUGGUGAC